UUUUGGGACAGCUUCACGCAAUAUCUCUACAGCACCAUCUGGGGAACUACCUGCAGUUUCUAUUCCAAAUACGACGGCAGUUCCUUUUUUUGUAUUUUCACAACCACUGACAUGGAGGAACUGCAAAACCACAGUUACCAUUCUGUUUGCCACACCUGCUUGAAAACAAAAAGUGGCAUAAAUAAGGUCAGAAAAAUGUCUUGGUCAAGUCGAAUGAUUAUGUGCGCCCUGGCUUUGUCACUGUACGUCUUUGAAAUUGCUUCAGCUGAGACGUUAUGUGGCGGAGAACUGGUAGACGCACUGCAGUUCGUAUGUGAAGAUAGAGGUUUCUAUUUCAGUAGACCGGUAAGUAGGUCGAAUAGCCGGCGCAUUCAGAACAACGGCAUCGUGGAAGAGUGUUGUUUCAGGAGCUGUGACCUUGCACUGCUGGAACAGUACUGUGCUAAGCCUGCUAAAUCAGAAAGGGACCUCUCAGCCACUUCCCUCCAAGUGAUACCAGCAUUCAGACAGGAUAUCCCAAGAAAACAUGUGACCGUGAAAUAUUCCAAAUAUGAGCAAUGGCAGCGGAAAGCUGCCCAGAGGCUACGGAGGGGCAUCCCUGCCAUCUUGCGAUCCAGGAAGCACAGGCGGCAAGGGGAGAAGGUAAAGGCCCAGGAGAUGUCGGACAUCCACAAGCCUCUAAUCUCACUCCCCAGCAAACUUCCUCCCCUAUUGCCUCCCACAGAAGAGUACGUUGGCCAUGAGUGAACCCAGGAUAGUAUGCACAGAGUUGGAAAAAAAAAGGGGAUCAUAGCUUUGUAACUGACGUCAUUUCUGCGGCAGUCC